GCAAAAUGGCAUUGGUGCACAAACACUACAGACAGAGGAGAGCAUUGUCAUUCAAGAGCCUGGAGGAGCGCUGUAACCGGAUCCUGAGGAACAUGGAGGGUUCCCUGACGGCACGGGACCGCGUGGGCAUCCAGGACUUCGUCCUGCUCGAUGCCUACACCAGCGAGAGCGCCUUCCUGGACAACCUGAGGAAACGCUUCCACGAAAACCUCAUUUACACCUACAUCGGCACGCUCCUAGUCUCUGUCAACCCCUACAAAGAACUGGACAUCUACUCAAAGAAGCAGAUGGACAUAUACAUGGGCGUCAACUUCUUUGAGCUCCCGCCUCACAUCUACGCCCUGGCGGAUAACGUGUACCGCACCAUGUUGUCGGAGUUCAAUCACCACUUCAUCCUAAUCUCAGGGGAGAGUGGAGCUGGGAAGACGGAAGCGUCCAAGAAGAUCCUCCAGUUCUAUGCCGUCAGCUGCCCCAGCACCAAACUCCUGGACAACGUCCGAGACCGCCUGCUUCUCUCUAACCCCGUGCUCGAGGCUUUCGGAAAUGCCAAAACCCUGAAGAACGACAACUCGAGUCGCUUUGGGAAGUACAUGGAUAUCCAGUUUGACCAUCAGGGGGCUGCGGUUGGAGGCCACAUUCUGAGUUACCUUUUGGAAAAGUCCAGGGUUGUCCACCAAAACCAUGGAGAGAGGAACUUCCAUAUUUUCUACCAGCUGGUGGAGGGAGGGGAGGAGGAUCUGCUGCGCUGGCUGGGCCUGCAGAGGAACUGUCAGCUGUACAGUUACCUGGUACAGGGGGAUUGUGCCAAAGUGAGCUCCAUCAACGAUAAGACUGACUGGAAGACUGUGAGGAAAGCCCUUGAUGUCAUAGAUUUCAGUGAGAGCAACAUAGAGAACUUGUUUGGAAUCAUCGCUAGUGUUCUCCACCUGGGAAAUGUCAAGUUUGAGGCAGACCACAAGGGGUACGCAGUCCUGAACAACAGUCCAGAGAUACACUGGCUGUCAAAGUUGCUGGGUAUUCCCGCCCAGGUGCUGCAGAAGGGCUUGACCCACCGGAAGAUCGAGGCCAAAACAGAGGAGGUGCUGAGUCCCUUCACAGUAGAACAUGCAGUGUAUGCCAGGGACGCCCUAGCCAAAGCCAUCUAUGGCCGGACCUUCACCUGGCUGGUGAACAAGAUUAACGAAUCCCUGGCGAACAAGGACUCGUCACGGAAAACAGUCAUCGGACUUCUCGACAUCUAUGGUUUUGAAGUCUUCCACGUGAACAGUUUUGAGCAGUUUUGCAUCAACUACUGCAACGAGAAACUGCAGCAGCUCUUCAUUGAGCUGACUCUUAAGUCCGAACAGGAGGAGUACGAGAUGGAGGGGAUUGAAUGGGAACCAGUGCCAUACUUCAAUAACAAGAUCAUCUGUGACUUAGUCGAGGAAAAAUACAGAGGCAUCAUCUCAAUACUAGACGAGGAGUGUUUACGUCCAGGAGAAGCCACAGACCUCACCUUCCUGGAGAAGCUGGAGAGGACCAUGGGCGGGCACCCGCAUUUUGUCACACACAAGCUGGCCGACCAGAAGACCAGGAAGACGCUGGAGCGAGGAGACUUCCGUCUACUGCACUACGCAGGGGAAGUCACAUACUGUGUGGUCGGGUUCCUGGACAAGAAUAACGAUCUCCUGUACCGGAACAUUAAGGAGGUCAUGCGUCAGUCUAAGAACGCCAUCGUGAAACACUGCUUCCCGUCGUCGGAGCCGGACACCAAGCGGAGGCCUGAGACGGUGGCCACCCAGUUCAAGGCCAGUCUGGUGGGUCUGGCUGAGAUCCUCAUGGCCAAGGAGCCGUGGUAUGUACGCUGCCUGAAGCCCAACGACGGCAAGCAGCCAGGGCGCUUUGAUGACGUGCUAGUGAGGCACCAGGUGAAGUACCUGGGUCUGAUGGAGCACCUCAGGGUCAGGCGAGCCGGCUUUGCCUACCGACGCAGAUAUGAGGUCUUCCUCCAGAGGUACAAGCCUCUGUGUCCAGACACCUGGCCCAACUGGAAGGGCACGGCAGCAGAGGGGGUAGAGCUCUUGGUCAAACACCUGGGCUAUAAACCCAAUGAGUACAAGCUGGGCAGGACCAAAAUCUUCAUCCGUCACCCCAGAACGCUGUUUGCCACUGAAGAUGCCUUUGAGAUCUGCAAGCAUGAGCUGGCAACAAGGAUCCAGGCAAAAUACAAGGGCUACAGGGAGAAGGGAAACUUCCUGAAACAGAAGGAAGCAGCCACUAAGAUAGAAAACUGCUGGAGAGGUUUGAAAGCCAGGAAAGAGCGGGAAAAGAGAGCCUGGGCUGUGAAAGUUAUUAAGAGGUUCAUCAAAGGCUUCAUGACCAGAAACCAGCCAGCAUGCUUGGACAACUCGGAAUACCUGGCGUUUGUCAGGCAGAACUACCUGACAAGACUCAAGGACAAUCUACCCAAAUCCGUUCUGGACCAGAACACCUGGCUAACACCACCCCCUAUUAUGCAGGAGACGUCUCAGCUGCUGAAGGCCCUGUACACUCGUCACAUGGUACGGAAGUAUGUGCGGGGAGUCACACCACAGAAGAAGAUGCAGCUUCAGUUGAAAGGACUGACCAGUUCCAUGUUCAAAGGGAGGAAAGAGAACUACCCUUAUAGUGUGUGCAGACCUUUCCUGGACACCAGGAUAAGUGAGGAGGACAUCCACGUUAAAGUCCUGCAGACGAUAAGGCAUGAGCGCAUCAAGUACGGCGCCCCAGUGGUCAAGUAUGACAGGAACGGUUUCCGGACUCGCUUCAGGCAGCUCAUCUUUACCCAGACAGCUGCCUAUCUGGUGGAGGAGGCCAAGGUGAAGCAGAGGGUGGAGUACAACGCUCUCAAAGGUGUGUCAGUCAGCAAUCUGAGUGACAACUUCUUAAUCCUCCAUGUCACCUGUGAGGACAUCAAGAAAAAGGGGGACUUGGUGCUGCAGUGUGACUUCCUGUUUGAGGCCUUGACUAAGCUGUGUGUGGUGGCCAAUAAGCAGAACUGCAUCAAAGUAGUUCAGGGGAGUGUAAGGUUUGAUAUCCAGCCAGGCAGAGAAGGGUUUGUCGACUUCAAGAGCGGACAGGAGUUCAUGGUGUACAGAGCUAAAAACGGGCAUUUGAUGGUGGAAUCAAAAAAGGCCAAGUCAAGAUGAUGACCACACACAGAUGGGGUCGUGACCAGCCUGACCUUUCACCUCACACGGACAGAUCCCAGAUUCCUUCCAGUUGAAAACUUUGAUAUUGUUUCUCUGUGAAGUUUAACUAAAUAACUCCAACAUGGUCACAUACCUACAAGAAGCUGCAAUAUCCAAGAGAGAUUUAAGUCUCUCUUCAUACUGUAGUCUUUUACAUCAAUAAAUAGUACUAGUGUCCAACUCUUGUGCAUAUUUUGGUGAGCUGUAAAUCAGGUGCAUGGACCAAUGUCAGGCUAUGGCUGUUAACAUGUUACUGAUUCAUUUGUAAAUAAUGAUAUACAGUGCCCUCC